GUAGGCAGCAGCCAGCCACACAGACACAGCUUCGUUCCCAUCUCUUCUCGUUCUUCAUCACCUACUUGCCUACUAUAUCUACUAGCCACGCUAGCUAGACUAGCCUUAGACGUGGCUAGCUCACUAGCUGCUUGCUAGGUGUGUACCGAUCGUCCGAGGUAGGAGACACAGCACGCAGCAGGGGUAUGGGGAGGCCACCGUGCUGCGACAACGGCGUCGGCGUCAAGAAAGGGCCGUGGACGCCCGAGGAGGACAUCGUCCUCGUCUCCUACAUCCAGCAGCACGGCCCCGGGAACUGGCGGUCCGUGCCAGAGAACACAGGGUUGAUGAGGUGCAGCAAGAGCUGCAGGCUGCGGUGGACCAACUACCUGAGGCCUGGGAUCAAGCGUGGAAACUUCACUCCUCAUGAGGAAGGGAUCAUCAUCCACCUCCAGGCGUUGCUUGGCAACAAGUGGGCAGCCAUAGCCUCCUACCUCCCUCAAAGGACUGACAACGACAUCAAGAACUACUGGAACACACACCUCAAGAAGAAGGUGAAGAGGCUGCAACAGCCGGCAGCCGACUCCUUCCAGACAACUGCCUCCAAUGCAGUCACCUGCAGCCCAAACUACUACAGCCCCAGCAGCAGUCACCACAGCCUCCAAGGAAUGCAGCCGAUGAGCAGCUACCCCCACACCACCUGCAGCGGCGGAGCCCCAAGCAACAAUGAGGCGAUGACUGAUACUACUACCGGCGUCGUCUCCAACCUCUUCCAGGCAUGGAUGAGGCCAUCACCAGCAGCAGCGACAGCUAACUGCAAAAUCGCCAUGCAGGAGUUCCAGGAAGAACAAGGCGCUGCAGCAGCAGCCUCAAUAGUCUGCAAGGAACAGAUGGUGACCUGCGGUGAUGUUAACAGGCCGCCGGCGCUGGAGAUGGUGGUGGCGCCGGUGAUGGGUGCGAGCACUGCCACCUUCUCGCUGCUCGAGGACUGGCUGCUCGAUGACAUGCCGGGGCAGGCCAUGGAUGGGUUCAUGGGGAUCUCCGCCGGUUGCUGUGCGGAUCCCAUCAUGUUCUAGUUGCUGUAUCGUCGUCGUCGUGGCUGUCUGUCAUAUAGGCUUCGUUCUCAAUGGUUAGUUCUUGCACUUGUAAUGUUGGUUGAUCGAAUGACAUGAUCAGGUCGAUCGGCCCUAUGUUUCCGGUAAUAAGCCGUUAAUUUGUUUCCUCGGGGAAAAAAUCCUGGAGAUGCUCCAGUAAUUUGGAGAUAUUAAUGGUACCGACGGAUACGAAUAUAUUAUAAUAAAAUGGUUUCAGUUCAGUAU